AUGAGUUUAGAAGAAAAGAAAGUUGAAAAUGAUGAAGAGAUAGAUUUUAGCCUUGAACAAGACUCAGAAGAAAAAGAAGAAAUGCAGGAAAGUGAGUUAGUUAAAGAAGAAGAAACAAAUAAAAGUACAGAGCCAAUUCAAGAAACAAAAAAUAAGCAACAAGAAGAAUCAAAAGAAGAAGAAGAUUCAGAAGAAGAGCUUGAAAUGAAUUUUGAAACAACAAUAACAGAUGAAGAUUUCCAAAAACUAAUUGAAGAAAAUAGUUCAUUAAAGAUGAAAAUUGAUGAAAUGAAUGAAGAAGCAAAUGUAAAAGAAACAAGAAUUAAAGAGUUAGAAGAUGAAUUAAAUAAAAGCCAAAAGACAAUAGAAGACAUAAGUUGUACUAAAGAUAAAAAUACUGCUAUAUUAAGAAAAGCAGCAUAUAUGGAAGAAGAAUUAAAAAAAACAAAGCAAAGAAAUAACGAAUUAGAAAGGAGUAUUGCUAUGUCUGAGAAAAAGAAACAAGAAGCAAUUAAAGAAAGUGGAAUAAGUAAAGAAAAAGAAGAAAUUGCUACAAAGAAAACAGAAGAAGUUCAAAAGAAAAUAGAUGAAAUAGAAAAAGAAAUGAAUAAAAUAAUUACUGAGAAAGAGACAAUGAAAUUACAAAUUGAUAUGAAACAAAAUGAAGUAAAAUAUGUAAAAGAAUUAAAUGAAACAUAUCAAGGAAAAAUUACUGAGUAUAGAAAUAAGAUUGGAGAAUUAGAAGAAGUUAAUGGAAAAUUAACAAAGAAAGUAAAUGGAAUGGAAAGAAAAAUAGAAAAAAUGGAAAAAGAAAAUGAGCAAAAUCAAGCUAAUACAAAUGAGUUAAUUUAUAAUUUAAAAGAAGAUAUUAAAACUAAAGAUAAUAUUAUUAUUGGACUUAAAACGGAUUUAAAUAAUACAGAUGAAAAAAUAGAAGGAUUAAAAAGUGAAAUUAAUAAAAUGAAAAGUGCAAAGAAAGAAAAUAAAACUGAUGAUAUUUUUGAAAUUAAAAAAGAACAUCAAAUUCAAGUUGAAGAAAUGAAAAAACAAAUUGAAGAAAGAGAUAAAGGAAUGAAAGAAAAGAAUGAUAAAUGUAUUGAACUUAUGAAAGAAAAUAUUCAAAUGAAAGAAAAUAAUGAAAAACAUAAAAAUAAAGAAGAAGAAUUAGAAAAAGAAAUAAAUGAAUUAAAAAUUAUUUCAAAAAGAUAUGAAGAUAAAAUACAAAUUAUUGAAAAAGAAAAUGAAAAUUUGAAAAAAGAAAAAGAAGAGAUAAUUCAAAACCAACAAAGAAAAGAACAUAUUAAAGAAAAAGAAGAAUUAAUAGAAAAUAAACAACAAGAAAUAAAAAAAGAAGAAGAAGAAUUAGUAAUUAAAGAAACAACAUUAGAAGAAAGUAUGUUACAACCAAUUCAAACAACACCAUUUGAACUUAAAUUUGGUAAAAAUAGUAAUGAAGAGUCAAGAAGAUUAAGAGUUGAAUUAGAUCAAUUAGAAAUGGAAAAAAAAGAAUAUAAAAAUAUGAUUAAUUCAUUACAAACAGAAGUAAAUGAGUUAACAAAUGAAGUUAAAAAAUGGAAAGAUAUUGCUGUUUUAAAAGAUGUUCAACAAACUCAAUCAGUUCAACAAUCUGAUGGAAGUUGGUUUAGUUCAUGGUGGAAAACUGAUAAAGAUGAAGUAAAUAUGAUGAAAAAAGUAGUUGAAGAAUCAUUAAGAAGAAAUAUUGAAUUACAAAAUCAAAUUGAAGUUCUUCAGAAACAGUUAAAUGAAUUAAAGUCAAAAGAUAUUCAAACAAAGACUGUUUUAAUAGAAUCUAAAUGA